AAAAAAAAAAAAAAAAAAACAAAACAAUACAACAAAAAAGAAAACAGAAAAGAAUUCGUCAGCGUCAAAAUCAUUGGAACCUGACCAGUGCCUGCUUGUCACUUGGACCAAUCUGCGAUACCGUUGGGCCUCCCCCCACCAUGCCCAGCCUGGCGAGUGCUGGCACUUCUGUCGCCUCACCAGAACACUUGGAUCCGUCCCAGUUGAGGGCCCACAAGUCUCUACGUCGCAGGCCAAAUGUGUCCUGGAACUCUCCAUCCUCCUCCGCUCAAAUAAAUCCAGUGGACCACCAUGGCCUCCCGUCAGGAACAAGCUCGAUGGCCCCGAAAACCGUUCGUCCCUUAACGCCUCCCGGAGUCGCCCCGACGGAGGACUCCAGCACUCACGGGGCGCAUAUCACAACCAAAACACCUUCGCUCCUAUCGGUGAAGGAGGCGACAACGCCGAGGCCCUCGCAUCCUCCUACGCCUGAAACCACCCCGCCUCAACUCGCUGCAUCCGUGAAUCGCCCGGCGCUCAAUAAACUCGCCCAGUCCUUCUCCUCUUCGCGAGCUGAUUCCUUUCGGACCGCCUUGGAAAUCAUCUCCGAUGCUGGGACAGAAACCCCGUCUUGGUCUGCGCGGUCGUCCUCAUUUCUAACCAGACAGAGUGAUCCGCCCGACCCCGGCGACACGAGAAGCGGCGACACAACGCCGGUUCCAACUCACCCAUCUAACCGGAUUCAUUCCCCAGUACUCGAGAUGUCUAUCGCAGAGGGUCGGGGAGAUGUGACAGUAAAUCCAGCGGUACCGGGCCCCCGUCCACGAGAACCUGCGUCUACUUGGGUCGACGGUAGCUCUAGCACAGCGGAUCAGCCAAUUUACAUGGUCGCGUCGGAUGCAGGCAGCACGGACGUACUUCCCGUCCGUUCCAAAAGUCUACGCAGGCAGGAGGGGGCUGAUUUGCACGAGCCUGUAGGUGGAUUGUCAAUCGAGCAAUUCCGAGAGCAACUCGGCUGGCCCCAGACCGAACGCGCCCUAGCCGAACCAGACGCCUCUCGAAGAUUGUCCAAUGUGUCCACUUCGUCUACGGUGGAGGUGCUGAUUAUCGAUUCACCGCGGUCAACUCAACGGUCGCUACGUCAUACAGAGAAAAGGAGCUCUCUCCGCUCAGUCAGCACUCCUUUGACGAGGUCUGAGCACACCUCGCUUGUUUCUAACCCAGACUCGCAGCAUCGCCUGGUUCACAAGAGUGUGCGGAUCACCGAGCAUGAUCGCCAAAGCGUGGCUUCCGAGAUGUCGAUCUCGGGGACCUCGGCCAUGAGCUAUCUUCCGCAAAACGUGGAAGUGGUGCCUGUGGUGGUGAUCCCAGAGCGUCGUUCGUCCCUCAAGUCGUCGACUUCGACCAGCCGGAAUACCUCCCAGAGUCGCUCGCGACAUUCGAGUCGACGUGCUCCGGUUACCGCGGGCAGUCGGUCAGGCUCGCUGGAAGCUUCGCGCCGCAAGGAGCGGACGCUGUCCGAAGCGAGCACCAGCGCGGACAAGCGGGCGCAGUCGCGAGGCCGUAGCGAUGGUCGGCCGGUCAUCCCACCGCGCAACUCGUCCCUGUCUGCACCCACGAGCCGCAAUAAUUCACGGACCACGUCUCUGACCUCCGAGAGCUUACGAAAUCACACGAUGGCGAUGGAGCAAGAGAUGCGGGAAAAGCCAGCUUCGCUGUCUCUGUCCCAAGCCGACGGGCCGCCGCACGACCGCAGCGCUCAUGGGGUGCGCGACGCAGCCAAAACGCAAUCCAUCAUCAUCGGAGUGGAGGAUAUGUCGCACCUCCGGCCGCCGUCCAUGCCAUACACUCAAGUCUCCAUCCCGUCCUCCUCACCGGGCGUCAUCGAGAUCAGUGAAGCGAGGACGAUCGCCAUUUUCCCGCACAACAACGAGUCAUUAUUGCUGGUAGAGCCACAAUCGCAACCUACCGCGCGUGAACAAGAUCCUGAUAUAGCCUCCCAGAACAAGCCCCUAACGCCGGUUACAUCUACAUCGAUGCGCUUCGAGGUGGAGUCGCCGUUGAAGAACCCCCGACCGCCUCCCCAGCCGCCGGUCUACCAAGUCUCGCCCCCGUCGCCGGUGCACGAGGCCAGUCGCCAACUGGGGGCCGCCGUGAGCGAGGCGGAUGCGGACCACAGGGGUGCAGCCCGCCGGUUUGGGUCCAUCCGACGUCCGUGGAUGGUACGUCCUCGAUCUGAUUCGUAUAACUCUGCACUGCAGUCUUUCUCACUGACGUCCGCGAAGAACCGCAAGGCGGGCAACGAGAUCGACGGCCGGCUGCAGCCGUUCUGGCGACCGCGUCGUUUUUGGGAUGACUCGGAGACCGAUAGCCCCUCGCCGAACGGGAGCCCCAUCGACCCGCCACACAACGAGCCGGACACGGUGAUUAAGAACUCGUUGGGCAUGCCGCAGCAACGCACGGUGAUGGAGGGCCCGUCCAUCGCCCGCAGCCCGGAGACCCGCCGCCGGCUGGUCCACCGUCACGCCAACCGCACCACCCUCGUCGGCAGCCAAGCGUUCACGCCGGAGGCCCUGUACUCGCAGACCUCGCUGCAUCACCCCCGGCUCCAGUCCCUGUCGUGGUGGCGGUUGCGUCUGCGAGCAGGCAGGGUGCGCAAUCUGCGCACACGCAUGCGCCGGUCGUGGCAGCAGCGCGCCGAGCGGCGGCGCGAGGCUAAGCGCGAGAAGCUGAAGCAGAGCAUUGGCGACGCGGUGUUGGUUGAUUCGAGCACUAGUCCGAGGCCAUGAGUGGUGGGAGUUGAAGCUGAUCUGACGAUUUAUGCUUUGAUUAGAGGAUGCACAUAUAUGUGGUGUUGUGUUGUUUACAUUAUGUUUAUGAUUGAUGAUGAUGACGAUGAUAAUGAUGAUGAUGAUGAUGAUGCAUGAUUGAUGAUACCAUGUUUGAUGUUGUUCAUGUUGUGAUGAUUUAAGAAUUUUGCUAUUUCCUUUUCAAUUCCAUUGCGAUAUCAAAGCACGACAGGAUACCACAAUAUGAAGAACCG